GUGUCAAAAGGUUAACACAUUCCAGCUGGCAUUAGCUAACAAAACUUAAAAUCACACACAUGAAAAAAUCCCUUUCGUUAGCCAAUAUUCCGAAAAAAUCAAACCUUUGGAAAGUUGCAAAAUUGCCAAGUGCCAUUGAUAUCCCGAUUUCCACAUAGAACCCAUAGUCAGUAAAGGUAGAGAUCCCAGGAAGGGGAGAUCCCAAUCCAGACAUAUAUAGACCAUGUCGUAUCAGAUCAAAUCGACGCCGUAUUUCCGGCGGAUGUUCAACAACAGCAAGAAGAAUGGCCAAUUGCAGAGAUUGAGGGAUGAGUACGAGCGGAUCCAGGAGUUCAAUGACCGCACCAUCGAGCUGAAGAUGCGUCAGGUGCGUUUGAAGCGUCUCUUCCGGGAGAUCGAGGAGCUCAAGGCGGGAUCAGCUAGUGAAAAUGCCACUGGCGGUGCUCCGCCAAGUAAUCCGAAGAGAUCCCUUGGGGGCUCCAAUCUGCGGCGCCGGAAUCAUUAUGUCCGCUUGACAAACACCACGCCGGAGCAGAAGAUCCAUGAGCAGCGUAUAGAGACCUUGGCCAGGGCCCGGGAAUUGGGCAAGGAGAUAUCGCGGCGAAACGCCCAAAUGGCCGAAGCCGGAACUGGUGGCUUCCUGAGGAGCGAACUCCGGCUGACGGCCAAGAUGCAGGCGGUGGAAGAUGCCCGCAAGGAUGCCGUGGAGCGCAGGGAACGCGCCGCCAAACGGAUCUCGUAUGGCAACGAUCAGUCCCGCCAGAAUCUCCAGCGAUUGCUCCUGGUGCGCCAGCGAAAGAUGUGCGCUGGAAAUCGGUCGCAUCCUCAACCGCAUCCGCAGCCCAAUUGCCAGGCUGUGGUUCCGCUUCCCAUAACCACCCAACAGCUUCCAAGGAUGCAGAUAAGGCCAAGUCAUCUGUAUCCGGACUACCGCCAACUGACCGCCAGUCAGCUGCAACUCCUGGCGGUUGAGGACGAGCGGUCGGCGGAGCAGCAGCGCAUGCGUCGCGACCAGGAGGAGGAUGAGCGCCAGCUGAAGGAGGAGCAACUCAGGCAGCAGGAGGAUCAGGAGGAUCAGGAGGACUCUUCCGUGGAGCGUUUUCGUCGACAGGACUCGUCAAUGCCAUCGCAGGAGAUUGACGAUGAGGACGAGGACAGCGAGGAGCAGCGGAUUAUUCAGCUAAGGCUUCAAAAUCCCGAAUUGGCCGACGAGCUAGAGCGGCGGCGGCGACGACAGCAGGAGGACGAGGAGGAGGAGGAGCAGCUGCAGAGGCGGCUGCGGCAUCUCCACGACGAGACUUCGCCCCUGCGGCUGGCCCGCAUUUCGCUCAGCUCGACCGUGACGGAGGGCACCAAUGCCACCAAUGUGACUGUGGAAACAGCAGCCACAUCCCCGUAUCAAGGGGACUCCGUUUCCGAGUUGGAGGAGGAGGUGCACACUGCUCCGCUGGCCAACACAGUCGAGGAUCCCUUGGCCCUGGGCCAAUCCAGCUCCGCUUUGAUAUCCUUUCAUCAACCCACUCGACGAGUUCCGUUUCAACCGGGCUACGAUUCUCCCAUGAAUUCCAUGUGCGCCUCCAGCAAGUGGCGCCAGAUUUCGCUGAUGAUGCCCUGGUUCAAGGCCUUUCCCGACCUCAAAUCCGAGCGAGAAACGAUGACGCCAGCACCGGCCUCCAAUCAGGCCACCUACACGUUCAGCCACGUGGCCACGCAGGCGGAGGAGGAGCCGUUUCCGCCUCCGCCCUGCGAGUUCCUGCUCUCCACCUUUGAUUUCAUUGGCACCGCUGAACGUUAGGCGGCUGUAGAGGAUCCAAGUGCAUAUUUCCCAAUCGAAUUCCAAUCCCAGAGGAAUGCGGUGUGUGCUGAAAUAUACAAGUUACACGCGUUAAUAAAAGUUUAGAGUUAUUUGGAAAAAAAAA